AUAUCCAGAGCUCACCCCUCCAGCAGCACACGUGCUCUCCCUGAGGUUCCGAUCACACCGGCGUGUUGGACCUGGCUCUUCUGUGGGACAGAGAAGCUCGGUGCUCGGCUGCCUCGCUGCGUUCCAGCCAGCAGCUCUCAGCGAGGCCUCUUCAUGGAGGCCUCCACCUACCUGGCGAAGAUCGCUGUCCUCCUCCGAGAAGCUCCGGGCAAGAUGCUCACUUUCAGUCAGAUUCCAGUGGUUCCCAAAUUCAUGGACCGCCGGAGAAAGAAUGGUCGACUGAACUACUGGAAACUGGACCCCAGUCAGAUAACGGAGAAGAUGGUGCGUCGUCACUUCCCAGGGAUCCUGCAGCUCUUCCCAGAGUUGGAGUCCAAAGUGGGGACGGACACCAACGGCGAACCAGAGCCCCGCUCGGCUCGCCGCGCUCCCGAACCCGCAGCCUCCAGAGACGUUCAGAUCAGAUGCGAGGUGAAGUUCAGCGGCCCUUUCUCCAUUGAAUCCCUCCUGAAGAGAGACAGUCCCCCCGCCCGGGCCUCCGCAGCUUCUCCUCUGUCCACAAACAGGCUAGUUGGGGGAAACAAGAGCUUCCGAUGGGGCUCUGAAGUGCGUCCCGUCCUCUUCGCUUCAGCUGGGAGUUCCUCCAUCUGGACGACGCUCCACGGACCCCCUCCCAAUAGAGCUGCUCAGCCUAUUAGCGGGAUGAAAAUGUGCACUCGGUCCUCUUUGCUGGUCUGCAUCAGAGAUGCUCCUUAUGCCACCGGCCCACCAAGCCAUUACGCCACAUUCUCUGUACCCACGUUUACCCAUGAUGCUCGCUGUUUGUGACCGUAAAGUGUUUAAUACCUCACAAACCAGCUUUCUGUGGCAGCACUUUAUGCUUU